UAAAUAUAUUUAUAUAUAUUAGCCUUCUCUCCCACCAACCACCAUCAUGUCCAUCACAAUGCCCACUCCUACACCUCACUACCAUUGCUAGUGAGGACUUCAUAACCCGACCAUGCAUGUACAUGAAUUCAGUGACUCCUCAAUCUCCAAGCAGCAUCGCUCCAUCACCCCUAUAAAUUAAUAAAUACUUUAAUUUUCCCCCAACCCUUAUAUACACCAUCGUCCCUUUCGAAGUGAGAGAUGGAGAAGUUAACCGGCGGUGGUCUCCCUCCAAUCUUCACAGCUUCCCCCAUCAAUCUUGUAACAACAUCCUAAAUCAAAACUACAAGAAAUCUCAUCAAACCAAAAUAUAUUGUCUGGAUCUCUUCCAUCGUCGAUACCAACACCAUUGAAAUCCUCCAUAGCUUCUUACCCGACUCAAUUAACUCCGGAUUCAAUUCGGCGAGAUGCAGUUGUACGUUGUUCUCCGGGAGGCCUUCCACGACACUUGGUCCUUAAUUCGAAUUAGCUAGCUUCGAGUUUCUCACCAACGACGAAGGUGGUUGCGACCCUCUCACCAGCAAAACUGGAGUCGUCGAUCCACCAAAUGGCGGCGCCGAUAGUGGAGGAGGAGCCUCCUUCUGGUGCUCAAUUCUCUUUCGGCUCUCCUUAGAAGAAUGUUUCGGAGAACAUAAUGAUUUGCUUGCAGCCCUAUUUUUAUCAUGCUUUGAUGAGGACGGUGGCGAAAGUGCAGAUGGUGGCGGCAACAACAAUAGCAGGUAUUUGGGGAUUCUAGAGCCACAUGUAUUCUUUGGGGGAUUUAUGGAUCUGGAUCUGACAUAGCGUUGCGGAAUGAUGAGGAUGCCAAGCAACGAAGAACGGGAAGGAGGCGGCAGCGGUUGUGGAUUUGUAUAUGACGGAAGCUAGUCGGUGAGCAGAUGUAGGUUGAAAGGUAAUAAUCAAAUUAAUGUUGAGAAAGAAAAUGGUGACGAGAGGAGGGAUCGUGGUGGUUCUGCCAGGAGCAAGUCGGUGGGGUGCUCAUGGUGAUUCUGGCGAGAGGAAGCCGAUAGGGGGUGAGAACUGAGAAGAGGAUAAGGAAAGCGAGGAAGAAGACGAAGGCAAGGGUCGGUGGGUGGGUGGGUACACGAAGGGAAUACAAAGAGAGGCAAAUCGUCAAAAGUUUUUUUUUAUGUUUUUAAUUUAUUUUUGUUUUAAUUUUUCAUUAAUCUAUGUGGCAUUGUUUGUUGAUGCAAUAUCGCCAAGCCAGAUUUUCCUUUUGUCCAGUCAAUUUGUUGGAUGCACCGUUAAAGUAUUGGACGGAAGUGGCUAUAAAUUGUAUUUCUUCCAAAAUUGGCUAUUAUUGACAAAAAAUGUGAAACUUUUGACCAUACAUAUGUGUUUUGCAUAAAUGAUAUUCGUCACAAUCUUGGAGUGUCCAACUUCUUCAAAACUUUGUCGAUGGGAUAAGAGAUGAGAGAGGGAGAGAUGAGAGAUGACAAACAUGUCCUUUUCUUUAAUAAUUUUGUAGUUAAUUGUCGUCAAUCCUUAAAAAUUAGAAAAUUAUCAAAAUAAAAUGUUUUUAUUGGCUGGAGUUAGAGUGAGUAUCAUGCUAACAAAAAUAGUGUUAGCACACCAGGUUUUUCUAAUUGGGAAGCGCUAUUAUCAAAUAGUAGAUUUGAAAAUAUUUUCGUAAAUGGUGUAAUAUGAAUAAUAAAUUUUAGAAGCAUUAUUUUUGGGUAAAAAAACCCAACUUUGAGAUGGGCAUGGUUGUUACGCCGGUCGGCGUGCCACCGGUUGUACUGUGUUCAACUUUACCGGUCAUAAAACCGGCGUGACACCACUGGUAUGGCCGGCAUGAUCAAUAUACAAAUCUCUAAGUAAAAUGACCUUAUUUUAGAGAAUUUAAUUGAUAAAAAUUAUUUUGUUAUUUAUUUUAUGAGUAUAAAAGUUAAAUAUUGAUGUUAUUGGUUGGAUUUAAGUAUAAAUGUUUCAGUAUUGACGUUAAAUGGCAUGUUUAAAUAUGAGUAUUUAUAAUUUUAUUUGUAAUAUUGACAUGUAUGAAUCGGUACAAACUGGUAUGUGCCACGAUUGAACCAUUCCACUUGCUAAACCGGCACAAUGGGAUAAACCGAUUUGACAAUCUUGUAGAUGGGCUACAAAGGGAAAAGAAAACUCUGAGGCGGGGCCACAUAGGCUCCGUUGGUGUCCGUCCUACCUGUUAACUCUCUUUCUCUUCUCUCUCUCUCUCUCCCUGUCCGUUACCUACAACAAAUCAAUUCCGCCUAUUCCUCGCUCUUCCUCUGACGCUUCAAAAAGACAAGGAUUCGCGUCCAACUCGUAGCACCAUUAUAAUACUCCAUCGCGGUAGGCUCCUUGUUUCGCAUCUCCACUUUCCUUGCCCCCAAGAAGAUUCGUCGUCCCCGGCAUCCUGUUACCUCUCUCGUUUUCUCUUGUAAUCACCAUUGCCAAUCACUCUGCCUCUCCUCUUUACUGCAUUGUUAAUCCUCCAUUCCAUUAGGGAACCUUUACACUCACCCACUUUCCAGUUCCCCCUCCUCUUUGUUGAAGGACUUGGGAAAGUGUCUUCCCUUUAUUGGAUUCUGAAUCUGGGUUUCUGGAGAUCUCUCUCUGUCUUGGGUUUAGUCCAGAAAUCUGAUAUUAAAUCUGUAUCUUUUUUUUUUCCAUCUCUUGGCUUUACUGGGUUCCAAAGCAGAGGAAGGAGGAGUCGAAAGGGUGUUUUUCUUUUUCGGAGAAAACGAAGAUGUCGAAAGCUGGUGCAUUGGAUCUUGCUUCUGGUCUUGGUGGGAAGAUCGAGAAGAAGGAAGUUCUUUCCGCGGUCGAGCAGUAUGAAAAGUACCACAACCUAUAUGGAGGUGCUGAUGAAGAGAGGAAAUCAAACUACACUGACAUGGUUAAUAAAUAUUAUGACCUUGCAACUAGCUUUUACGAGUUUGGCUGGGGAGAAUCUUUCCAUUUUGCUCACAGGUUCAAUGGUGAAUCUCUUCGGGAGAGCAUCAAGCGGCAUGAGCACUUCCUCGGAUUGCAACUUGCCCUGAAACCUGGACAAAAGGUGUUGGAUGUUGGAUGUGGAAUUGGUGGACCACUGAGAGAAAUUGCUAGGUUCAGCUUAGUAUCAGUGACAGGGUUGAACAACAACGAAUAUCAGAUAUCAAGAGGAAAGGAACUAAAUCGUAUUGCAGGAGUGGACAAGACAUGUGAUUUUGUUAAGGCUGACUUCAUGAAAAUGCCAAUCCCAGACAACAGCUAUGAUGCCGUGUAUGCCAUUGAAGCCACCUGCCAUGCACCUGAUGCGUAUGGAUGCUACAGCGAGAUCUACAGAGUAUUGAAACCUGGCCAGUGUUUUGCUGCUUAUGAAUGGUGCAUGACGGAUGCUUAUAAUCCCGAAAACAGAGAACACAACAAAAUUAAGGCAGAAAUAGAGAUUGGUGAUGGUCUUCCUGACAUUAGGUCGACGACACAGUGCAUUGAGGCUCUGCAGAAGGCCGGUUUUGAGGUUAUAUGGUCGAAGGAUCUUGCGAAAGACUCACCUGUCCCGUGGUACUUGCCACUGGACAAAAGUCACUUCUCGCUGAGCAGCUUCCGUUUGACUGCUGCUGGAAGAUUCUUUACUAAAAAUCUGGUGAAGGCCCUCGAGUAUGUAGGACUUGCUCCAAAAGGAAGUCAAAGGGUUCAAGAUUUUCUUGAAAAGGCUGCUGAGGGAUUAGUCGAUGGUGGGAAGAAGGAGAUAUUCACACCAAUGUUUUUCUUCUUGGCUCGUAAGCCGCUCUAGGAGAGUCAAAGGAAAAAGGUGGUAGCUGUAUGUGCUCGGCUUGCUCUGUUCUGCAAUGAACAGAAACUCAUUCCGAGUUUUGUUUUUCUCACUCUCUUUGGAACAGUUUCAGCGUACUGUGUGUAUCAGCAUUGUUCAGUUUGUGAACGUUGUGAGACUCAUCAGUUUUGGUUCUCAAGUAACGUAGACUGUUAGCUGGUUUUUAGUAAUCGGUCAUUCUAAUCUAUUUUAGCAUGUGCUGGUUAAGAUUAAACUGCCUCAAUACUCUUCCGAAGCCAUGAAGUAUUUCAGUUGUUGAGAGUCAUAUUGAUGGGAGCGGAUAUGGUGAUAACACCAUAUUUGUUUUUAUAGUGACAACAAAUUAGGGCAACCAAUAGAAAGUCACCAUUGCACAUAGUCAAGUGUAGAUGAGUAAUCAAUCCAUUUCAUAAACGCUUAAGAUAAUAACAUAUCACAUAUGUUGGGUUUUCCAUGCAACAUACAAUGACAUUAUAAGCAAUACUAUAAUAGAACAUAAUAGUUGGUGUAGACAUCACAAUUCACAUGACUGAAGUAUUGUAUAACUAAGGCAUUCGAAUAUCAUAAGCAUGACAUGACAAAGACAUCCUUAACAAAAAGAUGCUAUAAGCCUUAAUAAAAUUCACAUCCUUAACAACGAAGUUGAACUAAUAAGUCUAACCGAACAUACUCUUUUCUUUUUUCCUUCUCCCUUCUGUCUCUUUUCCUUUAUUCCUGUUCAUCCUUUCGUCGCCAGAUUCCCGUGGCUUGUGUCACCGCUCCAUCGUUAGUUCAGUCCUCACGUCACUAGGUUAUGAGGUUGGUCACUGGCAUUCGACGGGAGUAGAAGAUUUCUUCUAUGGGGCUGGUCGAUGAAAGUUGACUGGAGAGGGGAUUUCUUUGAUUUGGUUAUGGGUUUUGGGGGCCUCACUAACUCGAUUUGGGUUCUUCGAUCCAAAAUUGCUUCUCAAAUCUGGGUUUGGAUUGAUCUGACGAGAGUGUAAAUUGUCUGAUUUCCAACCUGAUUACGGAUAUGGGUUCUUGCGCGAAGUGAAGUGAAUGAUUACUUAUUUUACCUUUUUCUUUUUUGUUGGUUUUCGAAGUGAAUUGAGUCUUUUCUUUUUUUGCCUUUUCUUCGACGUGACGGUUGAGUUGGCGGCGUGCUAUUGUCUCUCUUGCAGAUUGGUUUUGUUGAGAAACGCAUUUAGCAAUUAGUAAGUUUCUUUUGUUCACUGCGAAAGCCCAAAUGAAUUGGGGAAGCAUGGUCGUUUAGUAUCGAACCACUCCUGUUGAAUCCGGUAGCAAUGGCUUAAUGUUUACUUGAAUUCGUCCAUUUCUUCAAUUUGUAACCAUAGAUUCCUCUUCGCAUUGGUGUGAUGUUUCAAUUCAAACUCUUCGAUGUAUGAGUUUAUAAUGUCUAUGUGCUAAAUAAUAAUAAUGGACAAAGGUACAGGCUGUGUGUUGUAUUUAUAUAUUAAACCUAUUCUCAAAGACCUAGGCCUGAUCUUGGGAAACUGCUGGCUGCUACUGUUGUUUUUUCAGCCCCUUCCUACUCUAUUUUUCUGCCUUCAGUCCUAUCACUAACUGUGUUUAUCUUUGAUAAAAUAUCUCAAAAACAGAGUUUUUGUCAUAGACCGUUAUUAGGGAGAUCUCCAUGUCUGGCUGAGCAGACGCCGCGAGACGCAGAGGUCAUCGUUAUUGGCGAGUUCUCCAACUCCAGCUAAGUAGCGAGGAAGAAGCGAGACGGCGUGAGGGAGGGAAAGUGAGAGGGACGUGAGGAAGAGUGGGCAGAGGGAGAAAGGGAGGCGUGAAGGAUGGGUAGAAAGAGAAAAUUAAUUGUAAAUUUUUAUAUUCUAAUUGAUUUAAGUUAAAAUUUUAAUAUACCGUUGGAUGUGAAAUUAAAAGGUGAAGGGUGAUUAAUGGGGUUAAUAUGCCGCUAACUAUUCGAAGGUUAGCAUGCCAUCCCAUUGCGGGGAUGUCUCUUCUUCCACCGCAAGCUCUAGCCACCAAAAUCGAUUGCCACCUUGGAGAGGAAUAAAUCAUGAAUUCAUCAAUGACCUGCUCCAAAUGGAUCGAGGUUUUGAAGUUCUCUGAAUCCCUUCUUCUCAAAACACUUCCUCCCGUCACCGAUGGUCAUUUUCCUCCAUUUAUCGAUGACAAUUACGAUUUCAAAUUCAAUUUCAGUGGUUAGUUCGCCAAGAGCUCGUCAUCUACUGUAUACGAGCUUCCAGGGAAGUAAGAUCCGAUUGUUGAAACCCUCUCCCGAAUACGAUUCAGGCAUCCCAUCAUCUGGUACUUCUUCAAAGUGCCCGUGGUGGCCUGAGAAAAACAGACAUUGAUCAUUUUCAAACAUCGAUUGUGGCUGAUUUCAGGGUGCCGAUUAUGGCUAAAGAAUCCAUCUUGUAGACCCCAACUAGAAAGGAUGCUAAGAAGAUCUUUCGAUUAUCUCAAUCCCUCAACAAUUGACAACGAGAGGGGAUUUAGCCAAUAUGUGUUUCUGGGUUUCAUACUUUUAUAGACUCCGAUUCUGUGUCUCUGAGUUUGCAAUUUGGAAUUUUAGGUGGGACGAUAGGGGAUUUUUGACAAGAUGGGAGUGGGUGGAGGGAGGAGGUGGAGGAGGGAUGGAGGUCACUAUCACUCUCUCCAAUGAUGCUCGAAUAUCGGCUGCAAGCGGAGGGAAGGGAUAUUCAGUUCCUUGCGAAAAACAUUGUGGCGGUGGUUAGCAUCUUGGGUGACGGUGGUUGUAGGAAAAUUUGAGGAAAAGAACUGUGGGAUUUUGUGAGCUCGAAGUAUAUGAUUUGAGGACAAGUAUCUGGUGAAAAAUUGAGGGGCGAUAGAGGGCGAGGAAUGAAGACUAAGUAGGUGAGGCGGAGCCGGGAGGGGAAUAAGGAUUUGAGUUUUUU